UAAUUUGUUUCUAAUAGGAAAGGCGUAAUUAAAUACACGAAUUACUAGUUUCCUACAGCCUUCCACAUACAUUCGUUCUCUUACACGGAUCGCCUACUUCUCUUGUUUUCCACUUCAGGUCAGGCAUAAAUGUGUCAGAUCGAACGGGAUGUUAGGCAUGGACUGAUUACAAUGAGGGAUAUGUUAAGGCAGUAUUAUAUUGUGGCGUUGGUAUUGUCAGUAGUUUGUGGUAUUUUAAAUCCGUUGGUAGUUGAAGUUCUUGUUAUAAUACGAUUAAUUCUUGACCGCCAAAUUCAACAAAUAUAGUUGUAUUAUUUCAACGAGUCGAAAGAAUAAUAAGAGCAUGGAAUGUUAAGUUUGUUCAUGGAAUUCCUAUUAAGGUUUUCGCGGUUGGAGUUCAGUGUAUAACUUCGGCCUUCGGUUGAGAGUCACGUCGAAUGUCCGGUGUUAACUAACUUUUCGGCAGUCAUUGCAGUUGCCGUUUUCAAGCUGUGUAGUCUGGUAGAGGUUUACCAUCGUAUCAGAGGUCGUUGCCGCCUCAGUCAUCGUGGUGUGAGUACUACUCUGGUAGAAGUGUAUCAGCGUUUCAGAGGUCUUUGCUACAUCCAUCAUCAGGGUGACGAGUAAAGUACUCAUCACCCUGCCUGGUGUUACAACUCAGAAGACAGCCAUCAGAAUCUCAAAUCCUACUUAACUCUGUUGUUCCAAAGGUCAGUAUGAACCUUCAAGUGAAGCCUGAUAUGAAGUAUUCAGGGAUUAAGAAGCAAGUGUUUCAGUUGAAGAAAUCCAGGAGGGAUGGUUUAAUCCUGCAGGUGCAUCAUACUGUUCCGACGCCUAAUGGUGAGGCACACCGUGUUCGGUUCGUACAUGCCACAUUUGAUGAAACUGGAGAGUUAUUAGCAGCUUCUGACCACAGGGGAAAUAUAUUUAUAAUUGACUUGGAAAGUAAAAAGUUUUGGCUCCUGCCAAAUAUAGGCUCAUGCACUAUGAUUGCCUUUCCACCUACAAAAAAGGGCGAGCUGCUUAUUGGAUCUGUGAAUUGUUCUCUACAACUCAUGAACAUAGAAUUAGGAACUGUGACAGAGAAGUUGGAUGGACACACACUUCCACCCAAGCAGGUCACUUUCUCUUCAAAUGGCCGAUAUUGUCUCACAGCCGCAGCACAAGAGGCAAUUAUUUGGAACUUGGACUCCAGUACUCAAGCUCACUGUUUGACCUUACGCAGGGAUGUUGCUGUCAAACAGGUUAUUUUCAUGCCAGUUUCUGACAACAUAUUGGCAUGCUUUCAAGAUGACUCAAUACAUGUAUGGAAUUUUGACACCUUUGAAUGCAUUAAGCAGAUUUUGCCAGAAGCAUGGAAGAGUCAUCAAUUGAAAUCUAUUGCUUUCACAAGGAAUGGGAGAGCAAUGGUGAUUGGGGGACAUUGUCCAGUAUUGGUGGUGUUCUGUCUUGAUGUCUGGAGUGUAAAGAAGGUAAUUGAACUUCCAGAAGGUGUGUCAGGCAUCCGGCAUGUAGAAUUUCUACCCCAGCUGUUUGAUGCUGGUGCUAACAAAGUACUUGGAUUACUGUCUUCGCAGGGUAUUCUUUAUUUUCUGGACAUUGAAUCAUCCUUGUUCCUGGAGAAUGUGAUUGUGUCUCAGACUAAUAUCAGUAGGUUUACAUGUAGCUACAGUGGGAAGUAUGUUGCAUGCAUUCUACAGUCCGGUGAGGUGAACAUAUACACAAGCGUUCCCUUGUUAGAAGCCCAGUCUCUGGAAGAGACUGUGCUGACAGAGAAAGCUCAUUCUUCAGAACAUGAUGUGGAGCCAGAGAAGAAAAUGGCCACCCACCGUAUAGUCAGACACUCUUCAAAACAGAACCUCCUCAGAGUGCAUAAACAGCUUAAAGAAACUCUGAAUUUAAGUCGCUUACGGCCUAUCCUAAAGGAGUUUGGAGAAUACCCAGACUCUUACCGACCUCUUAUUUGGAGAAUUAUCUUACACAUACCCUGCAAUCAGCCGGCAUAUAUGAGUCUUAUCAAACGAGAAGUCCACACAGCUUACCUGCAUCUUGAAGAACAAUAUUCACUGGAAAACAGAAGUGUCUUAAAUUGUUUGAAAAGAUUGCUAUCCUGUUUGGCUCAUUGGUCCUCAAUAUUUGCUGAAGUGAAAUUCCUGCCAUUAUUUGUUUUUCCUUUUGUGAAAGUUUUCAAGAAUGAUCCUUUUGUAUGCUUUGAAGUUGUUACCACAAUCAUAAUGAACUGGUGUCAGUAUUGGUUUGAGUAUUUCCCAUUCCCACCAGUAAAUGUAUUGUCUAUGAUUGAGAAUGUUCUUGCUGAACAUGAUACAGAGCUGCUGGAAUUUUACUGUGGUGCUGGAGUCAAAACAGAUUUGUAUGCAUGGACUCUGCUAGAGGUAGCAUUUUCAGAGGUGUUGCCAAGGUCAGAUUGGUUGUGCCUAUGGGACCAUGUCUUAUCCAAUGAACCAUCCUUCUUGUUAAUGGCUGUUGUGGCAUAUAAUAUUGUAUGCCGUACAACAAUCAUGUCGUGUCGGAACCGUGAUGAUUUUGAGUAUUUCUUUCACAAUCAGAAUCCAGUAGAUAUGAAGCAGUUUAUAUCGAAGACAUAUAUGUUGUGUAAUAAGACCAGAAAGGAAGUACACCCAAGACAGUACCUUACUGCAUUCAAGCCUCUUGAGAAAGGUUCAUAUCCAGUGUUCAAUCAGUACCCAAAGUUCAUAAUUGAUUACAAGGCUCAUCGAAUGGAGCAGAUUCGCAUUGAGGAACAAAACAUUUUGAAGGAAUAUGAAAGAGCAAUGAAGCAAAAAGCUGAACAGGAAGAAAGGAUCCAUGAUGCAAUACACACUGAAAUACAAGAAAAACGCCUGAAAGAACUUGAGGAAGUAUGUCAAGAGAUACUUCAUAAAGAGGAGAAACGAGUGGCUGAUCAGCGGCAGAAAAUACUGGCUGUCCGACAAGAUUUACGAGUCCGUGAACUGGAGCUGCUGGAUGUUGCCAAGAAUAGACUUAUGAGGCAGAAUGUACAAAAGCGGCAUGUGGCUCUUAAUCAGCUGCUUGAUAACAUUGAACGAAAGAGGGCACAACAGGAAACUGAAGUAGCUGCAGCAGAGGAGGAGAUUCAGCAACACUACCUGAAAUUGCUGACACAUAAACACAAUCUAGAGCAGAUGCUAGGAACAGCAAACAAUGUGGUACCAUCAACUUCUGUGGAGCAUCACGCUUUGCAGCUACAGCAAGAACAGCUGGCAAAUGAGCUCAGGAAGUUACACAGUGAAGCUAAUUCAGAACAUCUUGCAAAGCAGGUGAAUAUUGAAACUCGUGUAGCUAUGCUGGAUGAAUUGUUGCACACGGCUGAGUUGGAAUUGGCAAGGGAGGUAGCAGAGAGACAACACACUCUCCAGUCUGGUCAAAACAAUAUCAAGGUAAUGCACCGUGAAACAGAAACUAAGAAACUGGAGCAAGAAGUAGAGCAUCUGCUGAAGCAGCUGACUGAAGUGCGCCUAAAUGAAGGAACAGCUCGACUACAUGAGGUUGUAGAGAGUCAGGCAGACAGAUGGGCACUCAAUAGAGAACAAGAGAAACUGGUUCGAUUGCAGCAAAGUGACUUACCAUCCAGCUUUCUCCAUCCAAGGUGCAAUGAGGAAAUCAGGCAGCAGGGAUGGAGCAGCAAACAGAAUCAACAAAGGAGGGAUGUGGCUUCAAGAACAAAGGCAUCAUCACUGAGGAGUGCUGAAUUCUACAGACAGGAACAGGAUGCCGUGAAAGCUGCUAUGGAUGUCAGGGAGCACAUAGUAGCUGAGUCAGGUUUCCUGUGAAAGAGCAAAGUUUCAGGUAUACACAAUUACAAGUAUGUGAUACACAUCCAGCCGUUUCUAGAUUGUGAUAACAGAAAGUGAUAUUUCAUGGAAAGAGAGGUUUGAAAUAAUAGAGCAUAUGAUAUGAUUUUGAUAUUGUGAUUGUUGUCUUAAUAAAAGUGAAACCAAUGCAUAUUAUAUGAAGGACUGACCGAACUCUACAAGAGUGAGAUAUUGCAGUAAUUUUGUAUGUUUGUGGUAUGUGAACUCUUUCAAAAUAGGCUUCUUCCUGAAACUGUACUCUUUCAAGUUGAGUUUUUGCAGCAUGUUACAAAUAUUGUGUUCCUCUGAUACUUGCUGCACAGUACAGUCAGAUAAGUGGAUAAAUACAUACAUUUUUAAGGUUUUCUGGAUUGUUGCACCAUGUAGUAUUCUGGUUGUAUACCAGCAUUUCAGACCAGACUACAUGGUGCAACAACCCAGAAGACUACAAUCUAAAUCUAUGUUACUGUGAAAACCUUAAAUCCUACAAUAGCCUUAGUUCUAUAUCAUAGAGUUUUGGGGGAAAACUAAUGCUGUGUGUUGAUAAAGACUUCACACUAAUAGACUACAGUAUAACCAAAAGAUAUCAGAAUCUGUUAGUAUGUUUUUACAUUAUGUGCCAUAGGAAAAUUAUGGGAAAUAUUUUAAUUCCUACCAAUUUACGUUGUGACAUAACCUAUGAGAAACGCCAUAUUGAGUUAUAAGUAGCUCCAGUGUGACAGUAGAAGGGUUAGUAAUACAAAGACAUUAAUGCAUGUUUUAAUCUGUUACAGCAUGCAUUGAAUAUAUGUUUGCUUCAGGAUAGAUUUCAGAAGCAGUGCUGUGUAAGUGUCGCAUCUGUUCUUGUUAUAUUAGAUGCUCCUGAAAUAGUAGAUAUAGGUGAUACUGUAAUAUAUGUUAUUGUGAAGUCAUAAGAGAAUUUUUUAUUAAAUACGUUUUAAAUAUUGUUUGAAAUGUUAAUUCAUUCACUGUCAUACUCUAACAGCUGUAAGAAGUCUGACUACUGUUUGCAUGACAUUGCCUAAUUUGAUGGCUGUGAAACAUGAAAAUUUAAGCAGUAUACUUAUUGUCUGUAACUGUCAUUCAUAGUUUCUUCUCAGUAAAUCUAAGCAUCUGUAACUUUCUCCUCA